AUGGAUAGCAACAACCUGUCCAGUAUCACUGAAUUUGUCCUCUUGGGUCUCUCUGAGAGCCCAGAGCAGCAGCCUCUCUUAUUCAGCAUCUUCCUGACCAUGUACCUGAUCACUCUGUUGGGGAACCUGCUCAUCAUCCUGGCCAUCGGCUUUGACCCUCACCUUCACAGCCCCAUGUACUUCUUCCUGGCCAACCUCUCUUUUGCUGAUGCCUCCUUUUCUUCCACCACAGUCCCCAAGAUGCUGGCGAACAUCCAGACACAUAGUCAGACCAUAUCAUAUGGGGGGUGCUUGGCCCAGAUGCAGUUUUUCAUGAUAUUUGGGGCACUGGACGACUUCCUCUUGGGGGUGAUGGCCUAUGACCGCUAUGUGGCCAUUUGCAAGCCCCUUCACUACUCCACAGUCAUGAGUCCGCUUGUGUGUGUGCUCCUUCUCAUAGCAUGCUGGGUUCUCUCCAGCCUUACUGCCCUCUUACACACCCUGCUCAUGGCUAGGCUUUCUUUCUGUGCACGUAACACCAUCCCUCACUUCUUCUGUGACGUGGUGCCCCUGCUGCAGCUCUCCUGCUCAGACACAAGCACCAACCAGGUAGCCCUGUUCACCGUGGCCUCCACAAUACUUACUGGUCCUCCGGCCCUGAUUAUCCUGUCAUAUGUACACAUCAUCGCUGCCAUCCUCAGGGCCCCGUCUGCCUCUGGAAGGCAAAAGGCCUUCUCCACCUGUGGGUCCCACCUCACUGUAGUCUUCUUGUUCUAUGGUACGGCAGUUGGUGUCUACCUGUGUCCCCCUUCAUCACACGCAGGGAGUAAGGACAGGGUUGCAGCUGUGUUUUACACAGUGGUGACCCCCAUGCUCAACCCCUUCAUUUACAGCCUCAGGAACAGUGAUAUGAAGACUGCACUGAAAAGGCUUUUUGGAAUUCACAACUCUCUCCUCAGGGACUCUUAA